UCCGUAUUCCACUAUUCCGUAAACCAAGUACGUCAAAUCGUCAAAACGCCAAAUCGACCCGUGACUGCCUGGAUUACAGGAAAAUUGAAAAAAAAAAUAUGAAAUAAAUAGAAAUUUUAUUUUUUCUCCUCUAAUUCUAUGAAACAUAUAUUUUGAGUGUAUUAAAACAAUUAAGAGAAAUGGAAAGGAUUCCCGAUCAAAUGGGUUAUUUGAUCAUGACAAUGGAUGGGGCUGUGAUUUCCUCCGGUGGUGAUUUAGAGAAUAAUGAAAAAAUUGCGGACAUUAUAUCAAAAACUAUUAGUACAAGUAAAAGCUUAUAUGUGCCGGAUGAACAAUUUCAAAACAUGUCAAUUUUAUAUCAACAUUAUCAUUAUUCAGUUUGUGUAUCAAAUAAGAAAAUCCACGUUUCCAAAAUUAGACAUGAUCCCAAUACAUUAGAAAAUGAUGAAGUCAAAGUGGUUACUGAAGGUUCUUGAUCAGUUAAGAUUAAUAAGUUUUUAUUUUCCAGAGUAUAAGAUAAAUAUGUCUAGGUUAUAUAAUUGUAUUAUCAUACGAUAAUAAUAACAUAUUAAGUAAUGUAACAUUAAAAAUAUUUCGAACGGAUUAAAAUAAUAUUUAUUGAUUUUUA